AUGGGAGUGGAGUUUGGUCCUAGGGAAAAAGAUGAAGAUUAUACCAAAAAAUUUCAGGCAAAUCAAAAUAUUUUCCGAAAUUGUUCCAAUCAAAAUUCGAUUCAAAAAGAUCCACAAAUGGAUGUUUUGGCUUCACCCUUCUUAUCGUCAAACGUUUCCUUUUUCUCUCCGUUCAAAUCCGCGUCAAACGCCGUUUUUCCUGUAUUAUCUUUUGGUUUAGGUACUUGGCAAAUACAAAGAUUACGUUGGAAAGUUAAAUUAAUUGAAGAAUGUGAGGAUCAGUUGUCUAAACCACCAAUUAAUUUACCAAAAAAAGUAAAUUUGGAUGUUUUGAAAGGUUAUUUAUAUAGACGCGUUAAAACUUCGGGUCAGUUCCGUCAUGAUCAAGAACUUUACUUGGGCCCAAGAACAUUUAAUAAUCAACUUGGGUAUUAUAUUAUCACCCCAAUUGAACGUGAAAAUGGAUCCACAGUUUUGGUUAAAAGGGGGUGGGUUCCGAAAGAAAAACUCGAUCCAUCAAAGAGACCGGCUGGACAAAUCAAGGACAAUGUAAUCAUUGAAGGAUUGUUAAAAGGUUCAGAAAAGAAAACGUGGUUCGUUCCAGAAAAUAGCCCAGAAAAAAACCAAUGGUGCUGGCUAGACAUUGAUACUAUGGCUCAGAGAACAGGAGCUCAACCAGUACUGAUAGAACAAAGUUUGGAAGGAUCCCCUUUUCUGACGAAUCAUUUGAUCCAAAAUGGUAUCCCAGUCGGAAAAAUUCCAAAUGUGGAAUUACGAAACACGCACUUACAAUACGCAAUCACAUGGUAA